AUUCAAGCUCUUGCCUUUGUACGCUCAUCAUGGCCACUGCCUCCGUAUAUUCAAGCCCUGGAUUUGAUUUUUCAAAUCAGAUAAGAAAUAACUUCCUGGCCGAGAAAGGCCUCCCUCUUCCUAAAGCUACCAGCACUGGUACGACGAUCGUGGGUUGUUUAUUUGAAGGUGGCAUCAUUUUGGGGGCGGAUACGCGUGCGACCGAAGGACCUAUCGUUGCAGACAAGAACUGCGAAAAGAUCCACUAUAUCACAGAGUCUAUUCGAUGUUGUGGUGCAGGAACUGCAGCUGAUACCGAAUUCGUCACCAACUUGAUCUCAUCGAACAUGGAAAUGCACGCCCUUACCCAUGGCCGGAAACCACGAGUUGUUACCGCCAUGACCAUGCUCAAGCAGUACCUUUUUAGAUAUCAAGGUCACGUAGGGGCUGCUCUGGUCCUCGGAGGAGUAGACUCGACGGGUCCGAAUCUGUUCACCAUCCAUCCUCACGGUUCCACGGACAAACUGCCAUACGUUACGAUGGGCUCCGGUAGUCUUGCUGCAAUGGCGGUCUUUGAGAGUGGAUGGAAAACGAAGAUGUCGCGUGAGGACGCUCUGCAACUCGUGAAGGACGCGAUUGCAGCAGGAAUCUUCAAUGAUCUAGGAUCAGGUUCGAACAUCGAUGCUUGCAUUAUCACCCCCAAUCACACGGAAAUGUUGCGCAAUGUGGAGAUGCCCAACGAGCGAGAGACGAAGGAGAAGAGCUAUAAGUUCAGGAGAGGGACUACUGAAUGGAAGAGCGAAAGUAUCAGGAAAUUGAUUGUAAGCGAGGAAAUUACGCCCAUUGGUGGAGAUGCUAUGGAUACCUCAUAGAAAAUUGAAAUGUACCGUAAUUACUGGUGAUCAAUACAUGCACAAAGACUUGCAAGUGG